AUGGGCUGCAUGAAGUCCAAGCAGGCCUUCCCGUUCCCCACCACCAUCGAGAGGAGUGCGCCCACCGAGGGGAGUGCGCCAUUCGAGAGGUGUGAGCGGUGGGCGCCGUCACCAGUCACCAAGGAAGUGGAGGAAGUGGAGGAGGUGGAGGAGGUGGUGGAGGUGGAGGAGGAGGUGCAGGAGGCGGAGAAGGUGGAGGAGGAGGAGGUGCAGGAGGUGAAGGAACCCGCAGGGCCCAAAAUCGUGGUGAGCCAGUUCGCGAACCGCCUGUCGCACGAGAUCCUGAGCGGCGCCCUGCAGCAGUGGGUGGACAGCAACGCCAAGUACGCGGACAUCCCCUUCAUCGAGAGCGAGGGCCUCUGCGCAGCCCAGCGGUGA